CAACGGUACAAGAACCACCAUCACUUCCCUACCACUCCACUACUAGCCACUGGCCAUUGCUCCUCUCCUCCCACUCUUCUUCUCCAUCUCCUCUCCUCUCUUCUCUCAUUCUCUUCCCUGCAACUUGCAAACAGUGCUCUGCAGAAUGACCAAAGAUGAGGAUUUCAAGCUGGUCAAGAUCCAGACCCAUGUACUGAGGGUGAACAUACACUGUGAUGGCUGUAAGCACAAGGUGAAGAAGCUGCUUCAGAAGAUUGAAGGCGUGUACUCGGUGGCCUUAGAUGUAGACAACCAUAAGGUCACAGUGACUGGCAAUGUGGACUCCGAUACAUUGAUUAGGAAGCUCACCAGAGGAGGUAAGCAUGCAGAGCUGUGGUCACAGCAGAAGGGUGGCAGCAACCAGGGCCACAAGGGCAGCAACAACCAGCAGAAGCAGCAGCAGCAGCAAGGGCAGCAGCAGCAUGGACAGCAGCAUCAGAAGCAAGGUGCCAACCCAAGCAAGGAUGGCAACAAGAACAACAACAUCCUCAAGGACCAGGGCAAGCAAGGAGGUGUUGGAGGCCUCAUCCAGGGCCUCAAGGCCUUCAAGAACCAGCACAGCAAGAACCAGCUCCCUGAGCUUGAUUCAGAGGAUGAUGACUUGUAUGAUGACGAAGACGAUGAGUUUGAUGAUGACUAUGAGGACGAUCUCCGCUUUCUUGGAGACAAGAUGAGCCAGCUUGGUUUCCUCAGGCAGCAAGCUGCAGCUGCAGCGGCGGCCAAUGUCAAGAACAAGAAUGCCAACACUGCCACCGUCAACAACCACCACAACAACGUCAAUGGCAAGAAAGGUGGUGGCGGCGGUGGCAGUGCUGGAGGUGGAAAUCACCAUCAGAACAACCACCACCAGAACCAGAAGAAUCCCAAUGUGAUCAACAUGGCAGCAGCCAAUGCCAAGAUGGCCAAUGGUGCCCAGAAGAACACUGGCGCCAUCAAUGGAAUGAUGGGCCUCAACCAUGGCCUCGGAACAGCCGGUGCCACUCCUGGUUUUCAGGGCUACACCGGCUUCAACCACCCGUCCUAUGCUUCUGCCGGCUAUGGAGGGCUUCAACAACAGCACCUCCAGCAACAACAGCAGAGCAACAAUCUCAUGGCAAGCAUGCAGGGUUACCAUCAUCACCCAGCAGCCACGGCGGCGAUGAUGAACAACCUGAGGGGUCUAAACAACAACAUGAUGAUGAUGCAUCAGCCACAACAGCAGCCACAGAUGAUGUACCACCGGUCUCCUCAGAUUAGCCCUUACACCGCCUACUACAACCCUUACAGCUACUACUACCACCCUGGCGCCGCCGGUUAUCAUCCCGCCAGCAAUGGCGAUGUGGAGACCAUGUUCAGCGAUGAGAAUACCAAGGGUUGUGUUGUCAUGUAGUAGGGAUGCUGUUACAGUGUUACAAUGUAGAGGUUGGUGAUGAAGCAUGGGAAUGGUUAUGCAAUCCUACUGUUUUUUUCUUCUUCUUUUUCUUCAUUGUUUUUCUGCUUUUAUUGGUUUCUCCUGUAUCAAGAAUGAAUCAUGCAUGUUGACUUAGAUGUCGUGUUUGAAAGUAGUAGCACUUCAGAGGAUGAUCAAAAGUGUAAUGUAAUAGUUUUACCGCCUAGUGCUUUGCCCUGCCUGGCUUCUUAUA